CCCCACACCCCGGUGACUGGCCGGACCGGCCUCCUCUGACUCUCUAGUAGUUUCCGUGCAGCUGACGCAUGCCUGCGCGCACAGCUGGGCCGGGAGCGUCCUACGCAGCAGCCGCGAGCCAGGCAGCCGGUGCCAGACGGUUCCCCGCGGGGUGCAGGGGCGGGGCGCCGCCGGGGCCCGAGGACUCCGGGCCGAGGAGCCCACGGAGGCCCCUCCUGACUGCUGACAGGUUGCCAUGGCAUCCUACUAUGAGAUCCUAGACGUGCCGCCGACCGCCUCCGCAGAUGACAUCAAGAAGGCGUAUCGGCGCAAGGCUCUACAGUGGCACCCGGACAAGAACCCGGAUAAUAAGGAGUUUGCUGAGAAGAAGUUCAAGGAAGUGGCGGAGGCAUAUGAAGUGCUGUCAGACCAGCAUAAGCGAGAGAUCUAUGACCGCUAUGGCCGGGAAGGGCUGACUGGAGCAGGAACUGGCCCAUCUCGAGCGGAAGCUGGCGGUGGUGGGCCCGGCUUCACCUUCACCUUCCGCAGCCCGGAGGAGGUCUUCCGGGAGUUCUUCGGAACUGGAGACCCUUUCGCGGAGCUCUUUGAAGAAUUGAGCCCCUUCUCAGAUCUUCACAGCCGGGGUUCCCGACCUGCAGGCCCCUUCUUUGCCUUCUCGACCUCCUUCCCUGGACGCGCUAGUAAGUGCUGUCCCUUCCCAUUUUCACAACCUCCGUGUCCUGGAACCCUUUGCCUCAGCUCCUGGCUUUUCCAGGGCGCUCUGCUGCAUCAGGAGCCCUGCCUGUGGGGGGAGCACACAGGUUUCUGGCCCAUUGUGACUGCAGCCUGCUGCAUACAACCCCGGUCUAACAACCUCUCCUCCUCCUCCUCCUCCUCUGUCCCAAUGCCAGAUAUCUCCGCCUCGUCUUUCUCCUUCAGUCCUGGGGCUGGUGCUUUCCGCUCUGUUUCUACAUCCACCGCCAUUGUCCAAGGACACCGCAUCACGACACGCCGAAUCAUGGAGAACGGGCAGGAGCGGGUGGAAGUGGAGGAGGACGGGCAGCUGAAGUCCGUGUCAAUCAAUGGUAUCCCAGACGACCUGGAACUGGGCUUGGAGCUAAGCCGUCGGGAACAGCGACAGGCUGUCACCUCCAGCUCCAGGGGCGCUCAGGUGCAGCAGCCCCCUGCCUCACGCCUUCUUGACAGCAGUCUCUUGGAUGAGGAUGAGGACAUGCAGCUUGCCAUGGCCUACAGCCUGUCAGAGAUGGAGGCAGCUGGGAAGAAACCGGCAGCCUGCCCUAAGCCUCGGGACUAAGUAGAGGUGAGGCCCGCUAACCCUGGAACAGUGGGAUAGUGCCAGAGUGCCCCAGGAGGGAGGCCUACGAGGAGACUGUGCCCCAUCUUACUUCACCAUGCAUCAGGGCUCAGGGAGAGGCCACAGGGCUAGCCCAGGUCUGCAUGCUCUGUGGCACUAUCCUCCACGGCUUGCUGCUGACCCUCUCUCCUGUCACCCACCCCCACUCUCUCCCCAGAUGUGUUCUGAGCUGGAUGUCCGGGAUCCAGAGUCGAUGCACAGUUCCUACAGGACAGCGCUCUCCUCUGUGCGCUGGGAGGGGACCCUCCAUUCCUCUCCCUCACCUGUGCUGAGCAUAGAGCUGGGCUUGGGUGGUGGGUGGGGGCUGGGUGGGAGGCGUCAGUAGUCUUAGCCUGUAAACUCGUCACUGGGUGUUUAGUGCUGUCUCUUGGAUACUACUAGUCCCAGAAUGCAACACACCUGGCCUCAUUUCUGAUAGAUUGUGCUUGGGGGAAGUGGUGUGUGGUUAUGGAGCUGUGCAUCUUGGGACAUGUAUUUCCACUCCAGGUCAGCCUGUCACUGGCUGUGAGAUGGGGAGAACUUACCAUUUGACGUGUCCCUAGCAGGGAUGUUGAAAAUGUGGAUGAAGGGGUAAUGGUCCGAGCUUCCAUUCCCCUGACACUUCUUGCUAGCAGUGGGAUUAGCGUGUACAAAUCAAAGCCCUGUGGCAUCUGGGAGAGGCUCUUUUUCUGUGGACAGUACUGGGGUCUGAGGAACAGCUGGGAUGGGAUCCCUAAAAUGUUGAUGCGUGUGGACCGGCAGAGAGCUUGAAGGGAAGGGCCCUCUGGCGCGCGCACACGUGUGUGUGUGUGUGUGUGUGUGUGUGUGUGUGUGUGUCUGGAUCUGGGAUUGGCAUGCGAUGGGUACUCCAGGCAUGUUGCUGCUUGUAUGGCUUCUAUGGCCUCUGACCCCGCUGAUCAUUUUUUCCAGCACCACAGCUGAGCUGCCACUCCUCCUCCCUGCCUGGGGAGCCCAGUGGCCAGGGAGGGGAGUGGUGGAGCCGGGGUAUGCCAGACUCUGUGUCAUUGUGUCUCAGAGACCUAUCAAAGCCAGCUGGGCUGAGCAGAGGCCAGAGGGAAACACUGGACGUCAGUCAAUAAAGCUGAGUUUCGAGA